AUAAAAUGUCCGAAGAAGAAAAUCAAUAUAAAUUCACACCAGAAGGAUAACCUAUAUGUUAAUCAAGCAGAAACUAUUACGGAAGAGGUUUCGCUUAAUAUCCAAACGAAGAUACAUAUGAAGGAGAAUAUGAAGAUGGUUAUAGAAUAGGUAAAGGUAUUUAUAUUUACAAAAGACCCGAAGAAGCCCCAGCAGAUAGAUAUGAAGGAGAUUUCUAUUUAAAUAAAAAACAUGGUAUUGGUUUAAUGACAUAUACUGCUAAAAACGAAACUUAUUAUGGAUAAUGGGAGAACGGAAAAAAACAUGGAGAAGGUAUAUAUACUUAUGCAAAUAAAGACGUAUAUUCAGGUUGGUGGGCUUUUGGGAAAAAAAACGGAAAAGGAACUUAUGUUUAUGCAGCAACUAAUUAAAGGAUUGAAGGUACUUGGAUAGAAAAUAAAUGCGUUGAAGGUCGAUGGAUUUUACCAAAUGGUAAUUAUUUUGAAGGGAAAUUCGAAAAUAAUAAACCUACUGGUUCAGGAAAAUGGUAUUUUAAAAAUGGUAAUACUAUUACAGGAAACUACAAAUAAAAUACUGUUGAAGCUGAAAGUCCUGAUGGAGAACCUAUUUAAAAAAUACUACUAGAAUGGGCUUCUGAUACUGCACUUGGUAUUUCAUCUAAUUUAAUAAAUGAACAUGAAAGAUUCUGAAAGAAAAAAAUAAAAUAAAAAUUAAAUAUAUUUUUUUUUUUUUAUAUAAAAUAAAAACCCAAAACCAAAACUAAAUAAAAAAUUUA